GUAAAUACAGAACAUAAAUUUUAAUAAAAACUAAGUAUACUGGCAUCUGUAGCUGCCAGUAUUUAACUGUUAAUUUACAUUUUGGACACUGUAAUUGUAUUUUAAUGUAGUUUACCAUUAAAGUAAAUACAGUCGGAAACUUAAUUGACAGUAUAGCCGCCACAAUGUGUAUUAUAUUGACAUUAUAUUAAGUAAUUUUCCAUCCAUCCAUUUUCAUUCGCUUAUCCUGAGUCGGGUCGCGGGGCCAGUAGCCUAUGGCGAGGGGCCCAGACCUUCCUCUCCCCAGCCACUUGGGCCAGCUCCUCCGGGGGAAUCCCAAGGCAUUCCCUGGCCAGGUGAGAGACAUAAUCCCUCCACCGUGUCCUGGGUCUAUCUUUAGGUCUCCUCCCGAUUGGAUGUGCCCGGAAAACCUCACCAGGGAGGCAUCCUGACCAGAUGCCCGAGCCACCUCAACUGGCUCCUCUCGAUGUGGAGGAGCAGCGGGUCUACUCCGAGCCCCUCCCGAAUUACGGAGCUUCUCACCCUAUCUCUAAGGGAGAGCCCAGCCACUCUUCGGAGAAAACUCAUUUCGGCCGCUUGUAUCCGCAACCUCGUUCUUUCGGUCACUACCCAAAGCUCAUGACCAUAGGUGAGGGUAGGAACGUAGAUCGAUGGGUGAAUCGAGAGCUUUGCCUUCUGACUCAGCUCUCUCUUCACCACGACAGACCGGUACAACGCCCGCAUCACUGCAGAUGAGCACCAAUCCGCCUGUCGAUCUCACGCUCCAGUUUUCCCUCACUCAUGAACAAGACCCCGAGAUACUUAAACUCCUCCACUUGGGGCAGGACCUCAUCCCUGACCCGGAGAAGGCAUUCUACCCUUUUCCGAAUCAAGACCAUGGUCUCAGAUUUAGAGGAGCUGAUUCUCAUCCCAGCUGCUUCACACUCGGCUGCGAACCGCUCCAACGAAAGCUGAAGAUCACGUUCUGAUGAAGCCAACAGGACCACAUCAUCUGCAAAAAGCAGAGACCUGAUCCUCAAGCCACCAACACGGAUGCCCUCCACACCUUGGCUGUGCCUAGAAAUUCUGUCCAUAAAGUUUAUGAACAGAAUCGGUGACAAAGGGCAGCUGCAACAGCCGGCUUUUGUAUAUGCAUGAGAUCCACAAGGCACUUUGCAUGGACUAUUUAUGGCAGUAAGUGGGCGUGGUGAGGGCGGGAUGUGACUAAAAAGCAGCUGAGAAUCUUUCUAGAUAGUUUCUGAUUUAUGCUCCAUGUUUGAUAGAUCACAAACCUACUUGGCGUAAGUACAUUUUUUUUUUUUUGCUGAGCUUAAGUACGGUUUUAGUAAGGAUUCUAUGCAAUGCUUGAUAAAUGAGACCCAUGGACAGUUCUCACUGUACUGGACUGCAUGAACGACACCGCUAUGCUUCUGUUGGCCAGUAUGCAGUCCAUUGCAGUGAGGACUGUACUGAAGUAAUAUGAAACCGGCAUGUCAGUGACUGUUACAAAAGCUUAUAAGCUUAACUCGUUCACUGCCAAUUAGUCGUCCAUUAUGUUAUUAACGGGAGGUGGUAGGGAACAAGCUCACGCACCCUGACAGUAAACACCAAUCAUCUAAAAAUGAUCUUCACCUGUGUGCGCGUCCGUGACACGUCACGUGAUCGGGAAGAAGCCGAUCCAUGAAAUAGGAGCUGGUUUUGGGAAGCCACUAUGCCUAUGGCGAGACGCAAAGCGGAUAACCUUUUGAGCUCACACUUCAACAAAGUCUGUUUAGCGGUAGCUAAACUUUGCAUCGUGUUCCUAUUGAAAGAAAAGACGACAACCAACCCGGGUCAAGGGGAGGCGAAAGGCGUAGGUCGCAACAUGUUUAAUCUGAGCCAGAGACAUUGAUUUCAGCAGACAGUCCUGACUCAGAUCAUUUUAGCGAACCUGAUCCAGAUUCGUCAGAGGAAUGGUUGCCGUCUGGACCAACUGGGAGCAGCAGAGAUUCUUCACCAGACGAUAAAAGAAAAAAUGAAUAAGAUCGUGCACCCAGAAAAGCUCCCCCCACCACAGCUCUGGGUACUGCAAAGAAAAGAGGUCGUGCAUCAAGCAGGACUCCAGGGCAGGAUUUGGACUGGGAUAAGGCCGGCUGGCAACCCAACAAGAUCCCCUUUACUGCAUCCUCUGGACCCAAAGAUGCUGCUGCAGACUUAGACUGUGAUUUAUUUGAUUACAUUGUGGAAAAAUUCAAGCAGAUGUAUCAGCCAGACAAAAACAUUUGCAUUGAUGAGGGUAUGAAGCUGUGGCGAGGGCGCUUAUCUUUCAGGGUGUACAACCCACAAAAUCCUGUGAAAUAUGGAAUCAAGUUCCACAUAUUGUGUGACUCUGCCACGGGUUGUUGUUUCAAUAAGAGGCCUUAUUUUGGGGAAGGUAGUAGUUUGCCAGACACCGUGUUUUCUCUUCUUGAUCGCCUUUUAGGUCAUGGCUAUACACUGUAUAUGGAUAACUUCUACAAUUCUGUAGCACUGUGUGAGUGCUUACUGGAAGCACAGACCAAUGUCUGUGGAACACUGAGGAAGAAUAGGAGGGAGCCUCAGGUCAUCAGGGAUUUGGUAAAAACCGAUCUAGGGACUGGGGACAAAGUUGUGCGGCACAAUGAAAAAGUCAUGGUAGUAGCACGGCAGGACAAACGAUUAGCGCAGAUGGUGAAAACCUGCCACCAAGAUGGGAUGCAGAAAGUUCAUGUGUGGCAGAAGGGGCACAAAGACAAGGUUGUUCAGUUCAAGCCAGAGUGUAUUGUUGCAUACAACUCUCACAUGAAUGGAGUGGAUAAGUUGGACCAAAACAUUUCCUACUACCCCUUCAUCUGCAGGUCGCUGAACUGGUCCAAGAAGUUUUUAGCCUAUCUGUUCCAAAUGUGCAUGUUUAACGCCUAUAUCCUGUACCAAGCCAGAAACACAGGGGCAUGUAAUACUCUUUUGAAGUUCAUUCGUAGUGUAGUGAAGUCCUGGACCUUGAAGGUACACGAGCGGAAAGGGAGUGAGGUGGGGGAACAGGUAGAGAAAGAGGAAGGAGCAGGUGUUGAGGAUGGGGACUUGGAGGAUGUCAAACAUACUCUGAGGGCACCCUAUAACACUGACCCAGAGAGCAGGCUAGAUGGAGACCUUGGCAGACACAAACUCUGUUACCUGAAACCCACCAGUAAGAAGUUGAGACCAACAAAAAGAUGUAGGGUCUGCAUACGCAGAGGAACUCGCAGAGAGACGAAAAUGAUGUGCAAAGUCUGUUGUGUCCCCUUGCACGCAGGACAGUGUUAUAUAGAUUACCACACCACAGUGAGAUACUCUGUCUCUGUGCAGGGGUAGAAGCGCGCGCGCGCGCACACACACACACACACACACACACACACACACACACAUGGGUAUAACUACAACAGCACUUUCUGUAAGAUUGCAUGCCUGCAAAUGAAAUUGUUACCUUUGACAAAAAUGAUUAUUUAUUGUUAUACAUUUGUGAAUAAACAUCUAAUUUCUUGUCAAAAACCAUUUUAUAGUUUGGUUUUACUAUUUUUACACAAGGUAACUGCUUUUGGGGUGUCUGAGGUGUAAAAAAAGCAAAGUAUAUUAGUGCCAAAGACAGUUUACUGCGUUACAUCUCUCUUGACACAAAAAGCCUGUUUUCUCCGUUUUUGGUUCAGAAACAGGCAUUUCUGGUGAAACCCACCUGUGUUCUACAGCAAAUUGUGAAAGAAUGGAAAAGGUUAAAAACGAGCCGUUUUCUCUUGAUGAAAGAGAGUUAACUCUUUCAUUUGGUAGUUUUGGUGUUUGCAUAGUCAUAGAGCACAAUAUUCUGUGACUCUUCAAAAAACAGUAAAAAUACUCAAAAUCGCUGGCAGUGAGGGGCUUUAGUGAUCAGAAAACAGCUGGCAGUGAAUGAGUUAAAGAUUUUCAUCCAUUUACCCAUGAAAAAUAUAUAUUCUGUCCAAAAAAUUACAGAUCAUGUACAUGUUUCCUGUAGACUGAGAAAAACUUUGAACUGCAUCCAUUAGGUGGCGCUGAUAUACCCAAAAAUUACUUUUGGCAAUUUUCUUCCAAAGUCUUCAGUAAAGAAACACUUGUUAUCCUCCAUGUUUGUUGUGUCCUUCAAAAUGAGAUGAGUAUUUUACCAAAAUAUUUUGAGUGAUGCAAAUGUUACACCCUUGUAAAGGAGGGAUAGUGAAGAAACAGCAGGGACACGAUGUUACUUCUGUCACUUCCGCUGCAAUAAUGGACUUCCAACAAAAUACAACAAACAUCUGCAUUGCAUGUACACAAUAGGAAAAUAACUUGUUUACAUGAAAUAAAAUGUAAAUCACAUAGGAUUUGGCUACUAGACUUCUGUAUCAUAUGUAUGCAUCAUGUAUGUAUCAUAUCAAAACUUAGGCCUUCCUAAACUCUCAGAACUACUUAAAUACGAGCCUUCGUGGCCCCUGCACUCCUCGAGCAGUCGUCUCCUCGUUAUACCAAAAGUCAGGAUGCACUCCGAAGGCGAGGCAUCCUUCCAGUCUUAUGGCCCUCACCUCUGAAGCAGUCUGCCAGAAGAUUUAAGUGCCGUAGAGAGCGUUCAUGUUUUUAAGGCCAGGCUCAAGACUCACCUUUUAAGUAUAGCUUUUAGCUGAUUUUGAUCUAUUUUAGCCUGUUUUACCAUCUUUUAUAUGUUUUAUCAGUGUUUUAUUACUUACUCUUUUAAUUAAAUGACACACAUUUUCUUAUAUAUUAACUUUGACU